GACGUCAACUGAAUUUGAUUAUUUUCAACGGGUCAAGAUGGCGGAGGAGAGCAGGUUGAAGCAUCGGAAUCACUCUCCGCAAAAUUGCAAAAACAGCAUUUUCGGCGAAGGUGAGCAUGGGGUGGAGGGUGUGCCUCAUAAGAUGAGCCCUGAGGAAGAGGAGGCCCUGUUGUUGGAGGAAGAUGAAGAAGAUGCCUUGUCGGCCAGGCCGAUCCAGAUCGUUGUGGCUCACGAGGACGACCACGCCUUUGAGCUCGACGAGGCGGCGCUGGAGCGCAUCCUGCUGCAGGAGCAUGUGCGCGACCUCAACGUGGUGGUGGUGUCGGUGGCCGGUGCCUUCCGCAAGGGCAAGUCCUUCCUGCUGGACUUCAUGCUGCGCUUCAUGUACAACCAGACAUCUUGCUCCUGGCUGGGUGGGCACGAGGAGCCACUGACGGGCUUCACCUGGCGGGGGGGCUGCGAGAGGGAGACCACAGGGAUCCUGGCCUGGAGCGAGGUGUUUGUGGUGGACAAGCCAGACGGGAGCAAGGUUGCUGUUCUUCUAAUCGACACACAGGGGGCUUUCGACAGCCAAUCGACCAUCAAAGAUUGUGCGACGCUGUUUGCGUUGAGCACCAUGACCAGCUCUGUACAGGUUUACAACUUGUCUCAGAAUGUGCAGGAAGACGACCUUCAACAUCUCCAGCUCUUUACUGAAUAUGGAAGGCUGGCCUUGGAAGAAAUCUAUGAGAAACCCUUUCAGACUUUAAUGUUUCUUAUACGAGACUGGAGCUACCCUUACGAGCAUUCUUACGGCUUAGAGGGAGGCAAGAGUUUCCUGGAGAAGAGAUUACAAGUGAAACAGAACCAGCACGAGGAGCUGCAGAAUGUCAGGAAGCACAUCCACUCCUGCUUCUCUAACAUUGGCUGCUUCCUCCUGCCCCACCCCGGCCUCAAGGUGGCCACCAACCCCAACUUUGAUGGCAGACUCACAGAUAUUGAUGACGAUUUCAAGACUGAGCUAGUCAACCUAGUGCCAAUCUUGUUGUCCCCGGAGAACUUGGUGGAGAAAGAAAUCGGAGGAUCCAAAGUGACGUGCCGAGACCUUGUACAGUAUUUUAAAGCAUACAUGAAAAUAUACCAAGGGGAGGAGCUGCCUCAUCCCAAGUCAAUGUUACAGGCAACGGCUGAAGCCAACAACCUCGCAGCUGUUGCGGGCGCAAAAGACAUUUACAACAAAGGCAUGGAGCAGGUGUGCGGAGGCGACAAGCCCUACAUGGCCCCCGAUCAACUGGAGUGCGGCCACGCGAACCUGCGGCAGGUGGCGGUCAAACACUUCCGCUCGGUCAAGAAAAUGGGCGGCGAGGACUUCUGCCGGUGCUACCAGGAGCAGCUGGAAGCGGAGCUGGACGAGGCCUUCACUAACUUCAUCAAACACAACGAUGGCAAGAACAUCUUCUACGCGGCGCGCACGCCCGCUACGCUCUUCGCCGUCAUGUUUGCCAUGUACGUGGCGUCGCUGGUCACGGGCUUCCUGGGUAUCAACACAGUGGCCACGGUGUGUAAUCUCAUUAUGGGCGUGGCACUGGCUGCGCUCUGCCUUUGGGCCUAUGUGAAGUAUUCCGGCGAGUUCCGCGAGGUGGGCAGUGUCAUCGACCAGGUGGCCGAGACCCUGUGGGAGCAGAGGACGCCACGAAAGGUGAGAGGUGGACAGAGGGGAAAAAGGCUCCUUUUGUCAUUUGAGGCAGAAAUAACUUCAAACGUCACUACUAAUGUCAUUAACACAGCCGCAAUACUUCCCUUGCCUUGUUUUCAGAUCUUUUCCAAACUCUUUGAGGUGGCGAGGAGUCGAGUCCCAUUGGAUUCCUUGAUAACGGCCCAGAGAACGAGACUGGCCUCGAACAACAAUGUCAAGAAGAAAAACUAGCACCUGCUGUUUUUCCCCCCCUUCGCUUAGUUUCCAGUGUCCAUUUUUAGGACUAUAUAUAAAUGUUUUAUUUUUUGAUAGCUCAUGGUCCCCAUGCCAUGCUGGUUUAGUAUUUAAAAACAGCAUUUUAUACCUGGUUCUCACCACAAAUGUAGAAUACAGGUUGGCACUUUCAUGGUUGAAUUCUCAUAUGUUGUGGGGUUUAGGGUGGGUAGGGUGACAUCGGGGAGUGUGUGCGCGCUCAUGAUAAGCUGCCACGAUUUCCAUUUUUGGUAUGGAUGAAUGUACGAACAAACAAAUGAAGCUUGCUUUCUUUUCUUUGCUCCUUUCUCUCCACCUCCAGUUGUAGGUUUUAUCCUUUUCCCCUCCCUUU